AUGUCGGAUUCAGACAGUAAUUCUAACAAAUACAGUAAACUGCGAAGUAUCUAUAAAUACUACAUUGAUUCAUACGAUGCGUUGUAUCAGCUGCAAACGGAAAAAGAAGAAGAAUUAAAUUCGAUUUACAAAAUGAUCAAAACAAAUUUGAUUGAUUCAAAGAAACGUCUUCCACAAAUUUUAAUAAAAGAUAUUUUGGAUAUCAUUCCGUAUAAUAAUCGCUAUACAAAGUCAUAUUUAUAUCUUGCCAAACUAAUAUCAGAUGAUUAUCAAAUCAAAGAGAUCCACAAUGUUAAUCUCGUUUCAAACUUUAUGUUUUACAAAGAGUAUGGCAUUAAAUUAGACAAGUCUGCUGAUUUCGAAAAAAUUAAUUCAGAAAAUCUCGACAUUCUUAAAGAAAAUAUAAUUUACAUAGCAAUUAUGAAUAAUGACCUAAAAGUAUUUAUUCCAUUGACUGAAAGAACAGGAUUUAAUGAAAAUCAACAACUUAAAAGCAGCUUAUUUAGAGAUUUUAAUAGACUUAUAGAAAACACUGGUGAAAAUACAUUUUCAUUACUUGAAUUAUGCUGUUACUAUGGAGCAGUUGAUUGUUUCAAGUUCUUAAGAACUAAAUUUAACUCAAAAAUAAUAAAAAAAUGUCUCAGAUUUUCAUUUUUGGGAAGAAAGCCAGAUAUAAUGAGUGAAUGUUUGAAACAUCAAGAACCAGAUAAAGAAUGCAUGGAAUAUGCAAUUAUUUCACAUAACAUUGAUUUUAUAACAUUCUUAGUGAAUGAGUAUGGUUUAAGUAUCGACUUAUUUGCUUGCGGAAAUUAUAAUAAUCUUGAUUCAUUUUUAGUUUUUUCGAUCAAUCGAAUAUUUUAA